AUGGUGGAGGUUCCACAAGUUCGGAGCUUGAUGACGCCCCAGGAGUACUACUCUAGUUUUCCGAACAAUUCCAAUAUCCCAGAGAAAUUUAAGGAUAUUGAUGAAGAGCCAAAUUUUCGAAACUGUUUGAAGUUGCUCCGAGAUACCCAGACAGGUAACUUUGUCUUGGAUUUUGGCAAUGAAGACGCCUGGUGCGCGGUGAAUCUUGAACGGGAAGACCUUACUACGCUGCUCAGUCAUAACAAACCAAAAUGUAUCGGAACUCGAUGGAUAAAUAUCUGGGCCCCAGAAGAACAGAAAGACUUAAUCAAGGCCAUCACUACUUACUAUGGCGUCUCAGAACGGCUUCAGGGGAUGAUGUGCACUGAUCCAGUAACGCGCACGCUGCCGCCAAAACAGACUCAGCCUCCAAGAAAGAGCUUUCAAUCAAAAAACAGCAGUAGACAGACUCGAAGCUAUAUUGAUGGUGAUAUUGAAGAAGGGCACAUGGUGAAGAAUCUAGCAAGCCUGGAAGAAAUCCAGACUGUUGCCUCUUUCAGGGGCCUCACUUUUGGUCAUGUAGUUGAUCAAAUAUGGCACUUUUGCUCUGUUGAUUAUGGACCUAGAUAUACGUGUAUUGGGUAUAAUUCCCUGUACGUGGUCCCGAAUCUUGAUAUGUCCAAUGGAACCGGGCUCCCGGAUGGAAGACGGCUAUGGUCUUGGCUGAUUCUCUUUGAUGAUGGAACCGUCGUUUCUAUCCAGGAGAAUCCAUAUCCAGGUCAAUCUGCUCCAUCAGAAGGGGUUUUGAAAUCUGUCAACGCCGUGGCUCGCAGAAACAUACACUUGAUUUUUGCUGCAGUCUCUAAGCAGCAUUCUGCAUCUUCCGAAAGCGAUUCUUUGGUCACGACCAGAGUGCGACCUUUCCAUGAUGCUGGCUCCGACCCCGCAAAUAUCAAACAAGAUGACGGGCCAAGCCUGCUCUUCUUUUAUAUUUUUGACGACUGGGUUUCAAGUUACGCUCUCGUCGCAAGACGGGAACAUAAAUACGGGGUAGUACUUGAUAAUUUGAGAGUAAACAUGUUGAACAAACCUGUAGUCGACUUAAUCGACGAGCUACAUUGGCUAGGAAGGCAGCUUGCAGUUCUUAGGCGCCUCUACCAAAGCUACGAACUUAUCAUGACACGAAUCCUUCAAAGACAACGAGUUCUUCGCGAUGAAGCCCGUUCGAAUCACCCCAAAGUUCCGUUUGGGCAACCAUUUUCUGAAACUGAAAUGCUCGACCGCCGACAAAUGACGGUACAAAGCGGUACGAGUGUUGCAACGACCUUGGAUACUUCUGUCGGCGUGCAACUGAGUGCUGCGGCGGUGGCUCGCUUCGAAAGGUUGCUGGACCGUAUAAAGCUCUACUGCUUAUCGGAGAUUGAAAGCUGUCUGACCGAGAAAGAAUCCCUCACAUUUCUUAAUUUCAACUUGAUCGCCCUCAAGGACUCGCAAGCUGUUGAGAAACUAACACGAAUUACGAUCUUACUCGCCAAGAUCACUAUUGUAUUUCUUCCCGUCAGCUUGAUGACUGCAUACUUUUCGACUGAGCUCGCAGGAGUGAAAGGAGUGUAUACGGAAGCCCAGUACUGGGUGAGCUUUGCGGUGAUCAUGUUUGUGUCCAUUUUAUUGCUCGCGCUUUUCGGGUAUGUCAGUGAUACCAUGGAAGGAAAGACCAUUUAUCGAUCGAUGUUCAGGACAUUUUUCCGCAACUCUAAGAGUCAACUCUUCUCUCGUCGGGGGGAAGCUGUGGCGAAUUCAACAGCUCUAUCUGAAAAGUGA